UACAGUUAUGCAGACUAAGGUGCCCAGUCGGCAAGGUGGGGUGUGGACCAAUGGGACACUAACAGUAGCAGUGGUGGUGACAUUGGUGAUAGUGGUGACAAUGGUGUGUUUGUUCCUCACUGAUAUACUUCAACACACUACAGAGGAGGACUGUGGGACCCCUGAAGAUGAUGAUUGCUUUCAGGAGAUGCUUAAAGGGUCGCCGGAGUGGGAUGAUCCUCAGCUCCUGAAGGUGGUGAGGGAGGAGUUUCUGAGGGCUCCACAGGUUUCCCCACCGCCGCCGCCACCCACCCAGAGGAAGCAUAACCUGUCGGAACAAGACCAAGAGAUACUGAAGGUGGCGAAGACGCAGUUAAGGGAGGUGAGGUUUGUGGUGGGGGUGGCAGGUGCGUCCCCCGAACUGGUAGAGGCAAUAGGCGGGCAGGGACUAUGGGUCGAUCCCCAGCCAGAGGAACAGCCAGGAGUACCCCCCUUCCCACACCUCUGGUACUCCCACGCCUGUCUUACCGCCUUCGUCCCCUACCUGAACAAACACAACCAACAGUGUCUGAGUCUGUCGUCACUACUCCACGUAUUGGGUCGACCUCACGUUGACCUGGUCCUAGCACACACGACUCAUCCAGCCCGUGUACUGUAUCACCUAUGUACUAACUAUGACAGGCCAGUGAAGAUGGUGGUGGCGAAGAAGGUGCCAGACGUACAAAUAUUGGCUGACGAACUUCAAGACUGCCUGAAGAUCUUUCACCACCUGGGAGACAACAUCACCGUCUUCCUCAUUAACAAUAAACAUUAGCAUCUGUCUGUCUGCUGUACCUGUAUGUCUGUCUCUCUCUCUGUCUCUCUCAAACAGGGUAUUUGUAUAUAUGUCUUUAGCCACACAGUUGUCUAUAUGACUAGUAAAAACACCUUUAUUUAUC